AUGAUUAUAAUUAGUGAUUUUAAAGAUGAGGUUCAGUUCCAGCCAGAAUUAGUUGGGAGUUGCCGCUAUGUUUCAAGUUAUUCAUUUGGUUUAAGCUACAGACAAUUUGUGAAGUUUGUUGAAUCUUAUUUAUACGGGAUACUAACUUAUCAAUGCAGGAAUGUAAAAGUUGGUGCACUUUCUUUUGUAGUAACACAUGAUACAUUUCGAGACAAAAUUAAAAAUCUGAAACCCGAGAACGGUGGCAGCUACGAAUGCACUAUCAAAAACGAGUAUGGCUUAGCUCGUUCACUGGCAUAUCUCACUGUCGAGUGUAGGUUAUGCUGA